UUCUGUAUUCUCUGGAACUGUACUACACAUUACGAGCCCUAAUGUACGAGCAGAGUCGUCAUUAAAACACCCCAACACCCUUAUAAAUACACACAAGUAAAUCCAUAAACGGCUUCAUAUCUCAACCCCAAACACAAAUUCCAAUUUUCAGAGAGCUGUGACAGAAAUGGAAGGGAUGGAUCAUAGUCAUCAUGACAUGGGUUCCAUGGCACCACCGCCAUCCAUGAACGGCGCAACGACGAUGCCUCACCAGAAAAUGAUGAUGCACAUGACCUUCUUCUGGGGCACAACCGCCGAGGUCCUCUUCUCCAGAUGGCCAGGCACCAACACUGGCAUGUAUUACGUGGCCCUGCUCUUCGUCUUCGCCCUCGCUGUUCUCGUCGAGUGGCUCUCCCACUGUCGAAUCAUCAAGGUCGGGUCGGGACACGUGGCGGCCGGACUGAUCCAGACCCUCUUGCAUUGUCUGAGGGUCGGGUUGGCUUAUAUGGUAAUGUUGGCUGUCAUGUCCUUUAAUGCUGGUGUGUUUUUGGUUGCUGUGGCUGGGCAUACUUUGGGGUUCUUGCUCUUUGGGAGUAGGGUUUUCAGGAAACCUGUGGAGGAUGAAAAGGGCUCUGAUCUUCCUCCAAUGAGUUGUUGAAUAUGAUGAUUGAUUAAUGGAAUUUAUUGGGAAAUUUUGGUUUUUGA